AUGUCAAUGUCAGUGGACCCAGUUGUCAAAGAUGUGCGCCACAUCGUCAUGGCACGAUUCAAGAAAGACCUGGGAUCUCACGACGUUUCCAAGAUCAAGGGAGCCCUCGCAGAUGUUCAGAGGAACGUGAAGGAACUAAAAACUUGGCAUUGCAGUUUUGCCACCGAUAUUGGUAGAGCUGGUGAGUUUCGGAGUACGCAUUCGAUUGUCUACCAGGCGGAUUUCGAGAAUCACCGGGAUUUCACGAAUGCCGUUCACAGCCAGCCUUUCAACGAUCUGCGAAAGAUGAUGGAAGAAUAUGUGGACCCGAGCUCAGUUGUUCGACUUCAGUGCGAUGUGGCGAGGUAA